GAUGUCCGUGUGCGUCGCUGCGGACUGUGCCUCGCCAUUCUGCUCCAUGUUAAUGAGCGAAGGAGAGUUCGCUCGUUUGCUCGCCGCUGGUGAACGCUGGUCGCGCCGUAGAAUCAGCGCUCCAUCCUUCCGUAGUCGGUACACAGCUCAGCCGACUCCGCCGGCUUUGUCUACGCAUGUUGGCGGGACUCGCGCUGGCGUUAGCUCGUGGUGUUCGUCGUAGUGACUGGUGCUCCACGACCAAACUACAACUCGGAUCACACGCAGACAGAGAGAGAAAGCGCAUUGCCGAACGUCGUAUAACGAUCCCCGUUGACAGUCUUCGAACAAUUCGACGUUCACCGUUCGUCAGUACAGCUGCUGCGGUGGCGGCCGAACAGCCCAACGUAGCACCAACGUAGUCAAACACACAUAUCCGUAAGCGGCGGGAGAGACCGGCAGAUCUAUUCAGUUGAGCUCAGUCCCGACUUCGCCCGAUCCGAUCAGGAGUCCCACCGCCCAUCGUCGUUUGUCUAUCGAAACCAUCGCAGAACUGAAGAGGGGCUCUUUUGCUGCGGGUGAGGUGCAUCAGACACCAGCGACUACUUCGGCCGGUUAGUUGGCGCUCGGCGUUUCGUUCCUCUCCGACUGUCCGGUCUUCAGCUGAAAGCUGGACUGUGCCUGGGCCGCUUAGUUCGCUCGCUCCUUCUAUCGGUAACGAUUUCUCGAUCUGGCUGUUCGUUCGGUUCCAAUCGUGCGUUGGAUUCAAAAACGAACUACAAGGUAGGUACCGGGUCAGCAAUCGCCGACGAAGUCAAGCUCGCUGAAGGCAGAAAGCUAUCCACAUUUCUGCCACGCUUUCAAAAAGUAGAAUACUACAGCAUUAGUUCAAUACUAGGGGACAAAAUGAUGAAACAGUGUAGCGGUUCAAUGUCAUGUAGUCGCAAGCUCCAUAAGGUGCGAUCGUGUCUCUGCUCGCAUUGAAAUAACAACGACAAAACACGGCGUUUGCUGCGGUGACUAGAGGGCAAGGCUGGUCCCGUUAAUUUAGGCAGCGGAAUAAGCAUUUCAGGCUUUGCUACUCAGAUGAAGAUUAGGUCAAUUGUCCUAUGCUCGAGUGAGUGGAGCCAUCACAUCAUUGAGUUGAUUUUAGUGGAUGUGCACAUUGAAUGGCCAGGAUGUAGACGCUAGCGCUAGAAACGAGUGCGGACGAUGUGAUUCGUCAGUGAAUUGUUUUGUGACGAUGUCCAUGGGUAUCGAUGGCGAGACGUCGAUGAGGUGCCGAUAAUUAUCGCACCCCCAUGGAACAGCGACGAAAUCUUCAGAUGCAGUGCUCCCUAUAUGCUUGGUGUCUGUAUUUUAUGUUCGUAAAAAAAACCGUCUCUGUUGUUACUGGUAACGAUAACAACAACUGCAACUGCUGAAAUAACAACAACAACAGUGUCGCUUGGAUACCUCAGAGUGUUUGAUUAUAUCUAUCAGUGAACGUGAAGCAAAAUUCAAGUCACCAUCGACCGACUAUCCAAACGUCUAUGAUUCGUCUGCUGCUACUAGACACUCCAGCGUAAGAAACUUGGACUGGGAAUUAUCGCAGGCUGUAACUUACGUGCACAUUUGAGGAGAACGCACAGAAAGAAAUCCAAGGAGAAACAGGAAGAGAGACAGCCGCCACCGAGGAAGAAAAGGACAAAAACGCCAGUGCAUUUUUAAGUGUGUGAAAGCUGACACACUUCGACUUCUGAAGUGGAGAGUGUCGUUCCUGAUUUUCAACGUGAAACUUGACAAACGUGAAAACUGCAAUUGUGAACCUAAGGAUAGUCUCAGUUUGCGUCUCCAUUUGCAAUUGUGCUCGCAUCGGCGGACUCCGCAGUGAGCGACGAGUCAGUCGCCUCGCCACCACCAAUGACAGAAAGGCCAAGCUACGUUCGCUAAGAACCUAGCUAAGUGUAGCAGGCAUAGCGACGUGGGUUCUACCACCGCUAAGCAACGUGACGACGUUGACGCAACGGCCCUAAACCUAGAAGUCAGAUCGAAACAAACGACUUGAUAUGUGUGCAUUUCCUACCGGAUAACGAAUAUCAAGAUACAUUUUAUAGUGAACAACUUGUAUUGUUACCUACGACCAUCGACUGGACUGGUACGACGUAGAGGUGUUGUUUCCCAAGGAUACCUACAGAUCUAAAACCCAGGCGGUGUAGCUUUGCCAGUAAGCCUUUACAUUUUUCUAUGCUAUAAUCAGCUGCUUGAGGGCGAAAAGGCGUCGCAAAAAGCCUACAAGCCACUUGACAUUCGUUGUAUUAAAAAUACGUCGAACCCCCAAAACGUCACAACGAUGAACGCACUCGUUCUGCUGCUUAGCCUCGUAACGGUCUACGGAGUUUCAGCCCAACGGGUGCAAGUGGAUCAAGGCGAGAUACUCCUUUCAACGGUGCCCAACGACACCGUCGAUCCGUCGCAGGUACGCUUUGCGCUGAUCUCAUCGAAUCGCGCCACAGUGAGGGCCACCCUUGGUCCGUAUUCGUCCAGCCAGACGGUUUACCAUAACCGUUCGGAUGCCGACGUUUCCGCACACGUCGUGCACAGCGUGGUCUACCGCCACAGUCCGCAGGUACGCGUCGUGUUCCAUGCUAACCAACGGGAUUUCCGUUCGCUAUGUAUUACGCUCUACGGACAGCUGGCCGACUCGAAGAAAGCCUCGCUUCUGGCUAAAUGCCAGCCCGUCAAGGAAAAUUCUGCGUGCAUGGCCGAGCUAAUCGUUCCUGCGGACUGGUGGCCAGCCGCGUGGUUGGAAAGUGGCAACGGAGGAUCCAGCAGCGGAGGCGCCUACGGGGGUGGCAGCAGCAGUAGCACUGGCAAUCAUAAAAUGGGAAAGAAAAGUAAGCCACAUAUUGAGCUUAGCUAUGCGACGUCCGAUGAUUUGAACUGUCAGAUGGGCGGGCUUAAUUCUGAGCUAAAAGCUAAUGCAGCCAAGGAAUCUCCACCGAAGCAUAUUGCACGCCUGCCCCUAAGUCCUAUACAUGCGACGUAUGAGAAGAUCACCCUGAAAGAGUCCCCUGUCGAGGUGUUCCUCCCAGAAACGCCGUUUUACCCUAAUAACGUUGUGUAUGCGCCCGUUUUUGUUCGCCAGGGCGUGCGACAGUUCUCGAUUGGUGCUAACCUGGUCGGCGGCUUACAAGUUGAGCGAUUGGAACCUGUAGCGAAACAUGUGUGGAAAGUAGCCAUUGAGACUACUGCAAACAAACGGAUCCGCAUCUCGUGCAGCCGUAUUGACAAUCCGAUGGAUACGAUCUCAUCGUCAGGCCAAGCGGAGCAUGUUUUUGACGUACUGCUCCGCGUCGAUCCUGAGCCAGAUGUGAGCACUGAUCAGACAAUCGAGUGGGUUGUUAAUGAGCGCGUCGAGGCACUGUCGCAGCUCAACGUGCAGAAGGAUAAAGUGCAGAAUAUUCUAAUGAUCACGAAAACCCGAGAUCUAAUUAACACGGCCAUUAUCACAGGAAGUCAGGUGUCACAGCUUGUCAAGCUAAUCAUGAUCUCUGAGGCCGGUCAAAUGAGCGACGUUACCCAUAAAGCGGCCUGCCAUUCAAGCGACGAGUCCGUCCUGAAGGUAUCCCCGUCUUGCACAUCAGUGUAUCUCGACGGCUCGGAAAUACGUUCAUCGGCUAAUGUUUCCAUUCACGUCAAGUACUCGGGACAUAUGAGUGAAAGUCAUUUCACUGUAUGGACACCCGAAACGCCGUUCACGAUUAGCGUCUCUGAUGAGAAGCUUAGCCAUAUCAAGCAAUGGCAUGCGCCAGCGACCGCUCCGCACAGCUAUCACCGAAAUGCUCUUCCAAAGGACGAAUGCAAACUUCGCUUCCAGCAAUCGAUUGUCAAGGUGUACACACGAUUCGUAUCGAUCAAUCAUAACUCUGGCCGAGAAAACUAUUUGCUAGGGAAGCGUCGCCUAAUAGCCGAUAUAACUGAUAUGGUUCAUAUUCGGAGUUCCAACUCACACGUCGCAUCGUUCGUGACGCCGAACAUUCUCAGCGGAGUGCACCCGGGUAAGGCCGACAUCCAAGUGGUAUCUCCGACAACCGGUAAGAUUCUCGCGACAAGGUCGGUAAGGGUCACCGCCGAAAAGGAGGUGAUUACGGCGCUCAAUGCGAGAGUCGUUUCCGGACUCAACCUCGCCGUGAGCUCAGACGCCACUGAAAGCGCCUCGUUAAAUGGCAGAGAGAGUAGUAACGGUCAUUCCGAAAGGGCUAUCUAUCUGGCUAAGGUCUCCAUUGACGAAAAGUUGACUUCCCGAUAUCAGGAAGCUGUUCUUGAUGUAACAUUGCGUUUCUCCGAUGGAAGCGAAAUGCCACUCGAAAAUUUCAAUCCGUCAGAAUACAACAUAAGCGUGGAGUCGUUGGACUCCAACGUGAUUGUUGUCGCACCUAACCAGAUCGGCAACACUGGCGCGCAUCCACGAAUCAUCUGCGUAGGCCAGGGUUCUGGUGAUUUACUCUCGGUCACCCUCGAGACGAGUGAUCUCUGCGUGAAGCGUGGUGGAGCCAUCCAGGACGCAGCGGUUUACGUCUCCUGUAUGCUCACCAACCCGGACAACUAUCUCUACCAGGACGCUCAGGUUCCUCGGAAGUACAGUGCCGCUGUCACAUUCGAACUACAGCCGCAAAUCCACAAGAACGCCCACUAUCCUCAGGCCGCGCACCACCUCAACCAUCUGAACGGCAGCCCACUUCAAGUUGGUCUGUACACUUUGUUCGGUGUCUUCUGCAUGGCUCUACUGGCAUUUGUAGCUUCAUGCAGUGUAUUCGCUGUUCACAUCAAAAAUACUCGACAGCAAAGCAGCAAAGACAACUCACAGGAUUGGGUUUGGCUAUCGAAGGAGACACUUGAGCAGGCUGUGCGACCAAAGAACGUGUCAAAGUUCGCUAACAUCGUGGUAAACCCGAUGGGGGACCUCGACAACCGUAACCUGGGCAAUUUUGUCUGCAGCGAUGGUUUUGGCGCCAAUAUUUGUCAGAACGGCGACUUGCUUCGACAACAGCAGGCACAGCACCUGGCUUCCUCCUCAUCAUCAUCGUCGUCGUCGUCGUCGGCCCAGCAUCACAACAAUCUGCAACGGCAGAAUGGGUCUUCGUCUCAGGCCGAGAUGCGCAUUCUUUCGGGCCGAACACGACUUCUACCCAGCGAACCGAUUGAUGUUCGAAAUAAUAAUGUUCCCGCUGACAAUAACAACAGCGACAUCAGCAUCAACAUGAAUCAGCACGCAGCUGCUAUGCAAAUGGCAGCCGCAGCAGCUGCCGACGGACGAACACCUGCCCUUGCCAGCAGCAACAAUAAAAGCCACAGCAACAGCAACAAUCAUUCUCACAGCGGAAACAACUACAACGGUAGUAUCGCAAACGCCGAUAACCUCUCGUUCAACCAGAUCUUCGGCGGCGGCGCGGAGGGCAUCGGGGUGGAAAAAGCUCUGUCUUCCUCAACGGACAGCGGAGUGGCGAGUGGCCACAACCGUAACUCGCCAGCGGGUGAUCAAUCGAUCUCGGCGGGCGCCAGUGGUCUGCUGCACGACCAACAACAACAUCACAAUCAUCAGAAUCAGAGACAGCAUUCACCACAGCAACAGCAUCAUCAGCACACGCUGUUUGAUCUCGGCGAGCUGACUGUACGACCGAACCUUCUGGCGGAGGUUGAGGACCGACUGGAUUCGUCUGCUCUCCAGUCAUCAGCUGGAUCUAAAGCGAACCCGUCGGUGUUAUCGGCGUCGUCUGCAUUGUCCACCUCUUCAUCACCAACGUCGUCCUCGAGUGAAAAUGGGAGUAACAGCAGUGGAGGCGCCUCGCCGUCCGCUGGGAGAUCAGCGGCCGAGUCGCAGGCCGUCUCCCCAUCAAGCUGUGCCACCCGUAGCAUCAUCGUAAAUCCGAUUGAAGAGGAACUGGCUGAGGGUUUUGAGUUGGAACCACCCCCUGUGCCCCCGCACCGUCAGACCGGGACCGCGAGCGGCUGCAGCGGCGACAACAACCCAACGACAAACAACAACAAUAACAAUGUCAACAAUAGUGAUACGCUGAACUGGAGGCGCCUGGAGAGACAGUACAAUAACAAUCGUAAGAAGCUGGCGGAGUACCUCGAUUCAUUGCAGGAGUCGAUCGCCUAGGGAGGGAAAGGGCGACGAAUGGAGAAAAGGUAAUGAGCAAAGUGGCGAGCGAAAAAACGGUCAGAAGCUUGCUAACAGAAGCUAUCUAAUCGAAGUCACCGAAUAGGAAACUUCAACGGAAAAUAUUGAGGAACAUGUUAAGAAAGAGAAACGAAUAAAGGAACCGAAGAUUCGAAAGUAAAUAACAUAACGGUUCAACCCGUUAUCACAAGAGGUAGUGCGUAUUGCCACACUCAUACCAGCACUAACCACAUUACACACCAAUUAACACAGAAAAUCGAUCACCAGCCAUGGUGAUGAUGACCCUGACGAUGAUGAGUUGCCAUCACGUCAUUAUUACAAUAUGCGUUCUUUCGUGGAUACGAUAACAUUAAUUGUACAAUAAUAGUUCCUUUAUACUUCUCUGCGGCAGCGAGAGUCAUCCUAUCGACGAUAGUAAUCAAUAGUCAAUGAAUCUUCAACGAGCAGAGGGCGCGCGAGGGAGAAGCACCGGAAAUGGCGAUAAAACUCAGAGGAAAAAGAUGUACGUUGACCGAAAAUAAUACUUGAUGACACUAAUUAUUAAGGAGCAGCAGGAACUUCUCUUGUUCCUAAACUCACCAAUGCAAUAUCCGACUAUUGUACAAAUACAAGGUGAUGCACAUAAAUAGUAAAGCAACGCAUACAGAUUCCAACCCCCAUUAUGUUCCAUGGCAUAAAGAAAGGAAAACCUUGACGCCUGCUCCGGAUGACCCGCUUAUUUUGAACAAAUAGCUGACCACAGGUGACCAAUUUUAGCAACCGCUUCUCAAUAUGGCUUAUUAGUACACCCGUUGACCUUAAUCUACACCGACAGCCCAUUAUAUUUAGCCACAAUUGCAAUGGUAAAUAUAGUAGAGUAGUGCGACGAUACGAUGAGUAGAAACCGCAACUGAAGGAAAACUUUAGGCCGCUUGUCCUGUGCUAGCCGGUGUUAGUAACUAUGUCAACGAGUAGGCAAACGCCAAGGAAAGGCUAUUCUCCACACGAGACAAGAGUGCAUCGGCGGCCGCAAUAACAAAUACAAGAGUAAAAAAUAUAUAGUAAAAUUAUGUGUGAACACGGAUGCGGGUUAUAAACUGGGCCGAACCAGUACACAAAAUAAGGAAUAGGCCAGGAACCCGCAACGGCACUAAAGGUGGAUCGAUGUCGCAUAGUCUAGAUACCCGAUAAAAGAUUUAUUUAUAUCGAUUAUGAAAAAAGUAUACAAUAGGGACAAUAAUUCAACUGCAAUUGAAUGAUAAUAGUGACGCGCUUGAAGACUGCGGGUUGAGACUGAGCUUGAGUGUCGAUAGGGUCAGAUCGUCAUUCCCAGCGCAAACUGUGAUUCGAAAUCGAAGAUCAGGAGAAGCGCAUGAAAAGCUUGAAAAACUCUGACCUGCGGCAGCUGCAACAUCAGCUCUGUUGAGUUGGCAUCGUAACUCAACACAAUCCAUAAUUGUCAAUGGAACCGCUUAAUGAAACCGAAAAACUCGCACCGUAUUUAUCAAAACUCAAUGAAGUCGGUAUAAAGUGUAACGCUGUAAUAUGGUUGACACUCAGACACAAAAGCUUCCGCCUUCGACAAAAACAGAAAGAUCACACGUGCAUACAAAAAUACGUACACACACACACACAGAAAUUCAGUCCUUUAUUAUAUUACACAUCGCAAAAAACCACACCGGGGAUAUAACAAUAGAAGUCGGUUAAUGAAGUAAAUAGUUCUAAACGGAGCCCUCCUGAACUAGUAAACAAGAAGUAAAUAUUUGCUACCUACUCAAGGGACAACUGAUGAAAACAAAUCAGUGAAAAUUAAGUGACGCAAAAGCAAAACAACAUGGACUUCGUGCAAUGACUAAGUCUGACUUUGAGCAGACGCUUCGAUGAAGGGUGGCGCGCUUAUCGCUUGCCAUUAAAACCUACGACCUCUUCUUUUAUGUACAUUGAUUGUAUCAUUUUCGUUAAGUAAGUUUUCGUUAAGGAUACAAACACAAAAAUUAACAGAGAUAGCGAGGAAAGAAGAGAGAAAAUUAGUCUUUUGUGUUGGCAUUACAGUUGCCAUGGGCUAUCCAAUUGCCUGCAGUUGAAUACGAAGCCAAAAACGAGCUCAGACCAGUGAUGAUACUGCACUGAUCCCUAAUUCCUAGCUAUCAAGCGGUGAGAGGAGGAUAACGAUCUGAAAUUGGUGGAUGAUUCCUAAUUUAUAUCAUUUCUGUUUAUAUAUAUACAUAUAUAUAGCGGAAUAUAGCCAUAUCUGUAUAUUCUUAGACGAUCCACGCGCAUGUGAGUGCAUUAUAUUAUUUUAUCAUUGUUAUUAUUAUUGCCAACUACGUUUCGUUAUAUCCCUUUUUAGAUAUAUAUAUAUAUAUGCAUACAUAUAUAUACAUCUCUACCGGUCUGUACAACUGACACAGGUAGUAUUAUUUCAUGUGUGCGCAUGUGUGUUGAUUUAUAUUAUUAUCAAUAUCUUCAUAUGAUUUUAAAGCUAUUACUUUAUUAUUAUUAUUUCCUCGAAGUGACGAUGCUGAGUGAAAAUUUUGUCCUGUGGCUAUUCGCCGUGCACACAAUGUCUUUUCCAAAUAACGCUCUAUGUAGAUAAUUUUGUGUAUACAAACACUUCAAUGUUGUGCGAUAAACGCAUUGUCCGCCCGGUCAUAACCGAGAGACUAUACACACUCGAGAGAGAAAAAAAAUAGGAACAUUGCAAAGCUUUCAAGGGAAAACAAAAUCGAUUAAGACAGAUUGACAUAGAAAGGAGUACAUACACCCAUCCACCCACCUACCAAUGUACAAAAACACCAAUAGAGGCAUCCGCAGCAAUGGCUCCAGAAUAUAUUCAUAGGCACACACGCGUACACACAACCAGGUAUAUCGGAAUGAACCGAGCAGGCCAAAUAAAAAGGGGCGAAUUUUCUAUAGCUUCGUUUUACCUCUUGACGAGAAACCGAUUCCCACAGCUAUCGGCUUCAUCGUAGACGAGAACGCUUUCGUUGUAAGACCUCAUUUUCUGCCUUCGAUGGCUUUUCUACGCAACGACACAUUGUUUCGGUUGGUCUAUCUGGCUAGUAACCUGGCAGGUUGUGGUAUCGCAGUAUUUUCUUUUUCGAGACACAGGGAACAGACGUGCAGGCAAGCGACGGGUGAUGACAACCUUAUGACGACCAUACAGUAGACCGUACAGCGGCCGCUGUUGCAGGACAUCGAAAAGGGCCUGGGGAAGUGUAUCAGGACGAGUUCAACGAUAACAACCACAACUACGACGGCGGUAACAGCGAUAAAUACGAGCGACUACCAUAGCUAUAGCAGGGACAGCCAUUAGAGGCCUGGUAUUAUUAUAAAACAAGAAAAACAAGGAGUAAUAAACGCAGUAAAUUAUACAACAAUAGAUUCAUCAUGCGACGACAACGAAUACGAUAGGCCGAUAAGGAUAUUAGGAGGAAAAGUGAGGGUGGAAAGGAACAAGACAACAAAUACGCAGUACCAAUAAACAUGAUAAUAAAAGUAAUAUCAAUAAAACAGUGAUAAAGGUGAUGGCGAUGUAGGGCAACGAAUAAUGGCGACAGUAAUAUGUAACGAUAACAACGGGGAGCGGAACGGCAAGCGAUAUCUAUGCCUUGUUUAACCUUGCCGCAUAUAUGGAUAAUACGGCAAAAGUAGAGAUAUCUAUACAAUAUAAUAUUGUCAAGCGGUAGACACGUAGACAAAUAUCAUGGCGAAGCAGUAAACAGUCCCGAUUCCAUACGAGGCAUAUUCUUCUAGCAAAGAGUGGUUGGCUUAGAAUGGAUGUAUUUCAGAAUUAUUACUUUUAUAAUUACAAUUAGCAUAAUGUGUUUUUAUCACCUCGCUGAGAAUAAACUAAAUAGUGUGAUGAAUACCGUAAUAUUA